CCAGACUGUAAAAGCAAGUUUGCCUUCGCUUUGAGCUGGGCAACCUCUGUCCUGGACUACUUGUGGACCCCGGCAAAAUCCCCAUGACAACAGCGAGUGUGAGGGUUAACAGCGCGCUUCAAUUGCUACCCAUUGACGGGAAAUAAAUUCCCAGCCGGCAAAAUGACCAUUGAUCUCACCACUUUGGAUGCCCAUGAGCAACCAUCGGCCGAGCUGAAGGGUACUUGGAAGGCUUACUCCAAAACAGAGUAUGCCGAGUUCUUGAAUCACCCAGAUAUCGACGACUUAUCUGUGCCUGAAAAAGCUCGCGAAUUCUCUUCAGCUGGGUUCAUUCCUUCAGAGAAAUUGACAAGCGCUUUCAAGCAUAUUGAAGGCGAUGCUUGGGAUGAGGACCGAGUGGUCGAAGAUGUUCCUGUAUAUUUCCAUUCGUUGCUACCAGGGUUACUCGUUGUGCCGUCUUUGAUACCGCCCAGCACGCAGAAGGCGCUCUUAUCUCGUAUGAUCCACAGAGAUCUGAGCAACCCUGUUCAUCAGACAAACCUGCAUCUCCAUCACAAUCUGCCAUACUUGGAAGGGGAAGAUAUUGCUUCUCGGUCUUUCUUCUCUUUGCCUCCAGACUCACCCGCAAGGUUCACACCAAAGGACCCUUCAGUGCACAAGCCGUUCUCAUUAAAACAGGUCAUGGAACGCAAGUUGAGUUGGGUCACCCUAGGGGGCCAGUACGACUGGACGAAUCGAGAGUAUCCAGGGCAACGACCCCCCAACUUCCCAACUGACAUUGCCAACUUUCUCCAUACCUUGUUUCCUGAAACGCAAGCACAGGCAGCCAUUGUCAAUUUCUACAGUCCGGGGGACACUAUGAUGAUGCAUCGAGACGUCAGCGAGAAGACAGACAAAGGUUUAGUCAGUCUGAGCAUUGGCUGUGAUGCCUUGUUUAUGAUUGCGCCUAACAACCAUAUCGAAUGCUCGGUUGAGGAUGAGAAAGCGUCCAGAAAGCCUUACCUUUUGCUUCGCCUCCGAUCUGGCGAUGCCAUAUACAUGACCAAGGAGAGCCGCUACGCAUGGCAUGGGGUGCCGAAAGUGCUCAAGAACACUUGCCCCGGCUUCUUAGCUGACUGGCCGGCCGAGGACGGCAAGUAUGCAGAGUGGAAGGGUUGGAUGUCGAACAAGCGCAUAAACCUAAACGUCAGGCAGAUUGAAUAACUUGUACCAGCGUCCGGGCGCUCUCCAUUGCGCCUUACGCUAGAACGUUAAAUCAUGCUGUGUGCACCACCGAGCUGAGGUAUUGCCCAAAGGGGCGGUUGCUCAUGAGACCGCACUGAAGAAGACGAGUGUUAUACAUCCCAUGCCAUCCGACAAGGUUGGCCCGUCACUCAGUCAUCUUCUCAAGUUUCGAUUGCUUCACAGCACCCCAUGAGGAUGAAUGGCCGAGUACCUAUUGCAAGGCAGCCGACAUACAGGAAUUGUGUCGACUUGGGGGGAAGUCAAAGGCCUGCGCAAGCCUUAGAGAGCAGUACAAGGGAACAAGGGAUAUACACAGCCGGUCAUCAUCGUUAUUUAUCCGUAGCGGAGGCAGCAAGCAUAGGACGUAGUAAUUGGUGCACGCAGGUGGAAUAAUUGGAUUACGUGCCGUAUCAUCCGUGCUACAGUGAACUAUAAGGUUGUCC